GCCCUGCUCAUAAAUGUCAUGAUGUGGCGGGGUCUGUUUUUCACACCGGCUCGACAGCACCCUUUACCUUUACCUUUACUGAAGGAGCCGGAUCAGAGGAGUCCAUGUAAUCUGUUCCUGAAGGGACCAGCUACUGAUCAGUUUACCUUAUGUAGUUUUUCCUGUUAAUCUAGUGUUUUAAACUGUAAACUGCCAUGAAGUCCAAGAUAGAAAGGUAUAUACAUUUAGCAAGUGUAGUUUGUAAACUGCCUUGAGGACUUUGUGGUAUAUAAAUCUAAUGAACAAAAUACAAUUAUUAUUGUCAUUAUGAACAGACAAAUAUAAGUGUCCUUAUAUCCCCACCCCUGCCUUCUUUCAAGUAGCUCAGGGCUUGUACUGUACGCAUCAUUCUUCCUCUUUCUACCUGUCUAUGUUUACAAAGUGUGAGGGGUUAGUUAGAUUGAGAGAUAAUGAUGCAUCCAUGAUCACUUUGUGAGCUUCAUGGCAGAGUGUGGGUCUGAGCUGAUGUCUCACUGGCCCAACACUGAUUCUGACCACUGGCUAUUAUCAAAAGAGGGACAUGGCUGAGAGGAGUUGAGUUCUCUGUUCUCCUUUGCCUAGUCAGAUACUCUUUUGCGAGCCCAUCUCCAAUAUGGAAGAGAGCCAGCCUGGGGAGAAAAGCAUGUCUAGUGAGGGAGGAUGAAGAGCCAUACCCUCCAGCCUCAUGAAGCGGAAGCAUCAGCUCGUCUCAGAUACUUUCAAAGCCAAAAAACAACGGCUGGCUGUAGCACCAGAGUCCUCAAAACAAGAGGGCCCUGAGGCAGUAGAAUCUGCUCUCCAGGACCUGGCAUCUCUCUUCCCUCGCAAAUUAUUUGAGGACUCGCUGCCACCUCUGGUUCUGAGACACCAGAUCUACAGCCUUGUCAAAGACCGCACAACUGUAGACAGGCACCUGAAUCAGCUUAAAGAUGAUGGCCGGAUCCGGAUGUUCCAGCACAGCUUUGAUGCAGACACUUUCGUCGUGACAUUCACAGACAAUUAUAUAUCCAAGGUGCUGGAAUUUGUGUCUGGGAAAGAGUCGGCCAGGACAGUGAAGAAGUUCUUGGAUUCUGUCCUCUCCUCCUGCCCUGACAUCAGCUUUGACAAAAGGAGGCUUCUGAAAGAGUUUGGCUUCAGGGAUACCGAGAUCACGCAGCUGGUAAAUGCUGGAGUCCUAACUGUCCGUGAUGCUGGGAGCUGGUGGCUGGCAGUACCUGGAGCAGGCCGCUUUAUCAAGUGUUUCAUCAAAGGGAGGAAAUCCGUGUUGGGCAUGAUUGAGAAAGCCAAGUAUAAGGAAGUUUUGCUGUCAGAUCUGCAGAGCCGUCGAGCACCAAGUGUAAAACUGGGUCUUCCUUACCAUAUACAUGACAUUAUUGGAGCCCAACUGGUGGACUGUGUGCCAACUUCCUCCGGUACUCUUCUCCGACUGGCUGACGACUAAGUGUGUGCCAUUUUGCUGUCCAAUGGAGACCUGUGCCUAAUGAACAGAGCCUACUUGGGACACUUGGCAUUUACACUGGGGUGCAAGGCUUCUACCCAGGGUUAUUCAUAUCUGUGGAAGCAGAAAGACUUUUCCCGGCAAAACAACAUUUCUCUUAUUUAUGAACAGAUUUUGCACUUAAAAUGGGUCCAUGUAAGAGAGCAUCUUAGUGGGCCGGACUUGUCACUGCCAUAAUAUGAUUGCAACAUGAGGCUAUGAUGCAAUUUAAGAGUUUGUGGAGUGAUAUAACUUGUCACUUCCGAAGCACCAGGAAGCUUACCCAGCUGCAGUAAGAAGAGCCAAGAUUAAAUAUGCCCCAUGGGCAACUCAUUCCUUGUAUGUGUUUGUGUUCCUUUUCUGAGCCCAUGUCUUCUAAAAUUCCUUGAAGCUUAAUUAAAAGCACUUGCUUUCA